AUGUAUGCAUCUCCUUGCUUGAAAAUUAGAGAUGUGGUAAGGACGAAAAGUGUUGAAUACAUGCCAUUCUUGCUCUCUUUGGUGUGUUUCGUUAAUGCUGGAAUCUGGACUGCUUACUCUCUCAUUCACAAAUUCGAUUACUACGUCUUUGCAAGCAAUGCGACUGGAACAUUCUUGGCUGCUUUUCAAUUGAUAGUAUAUGCCAUAUACCGCAACAAAUCUACUCCCAAAAUAGAUGGUGGUGGGAAUGGCGGCGAAAAGCCAUCGGAAAUUGAGAUUCAGGCGACGGAGAGAGUUUGA